AUGGUACARCCAAACACGGAAAAAAUUGGUUAUCGGUUCUAUAGUUGCAGAAUAUUCAGCAACUAUCCUACUUGGAUCGUAACUUGGUCUACGACGAAAGGCGAUAACAAAAAACUGGCAAUAUUUGAAAGAAAGGUUUUGAGAAAAAUUUUUGGCCCGGAGUACAAUCUCGAUCUAUGGACAUUCGAAAGGCGGAAAAACGAAAAUUUGUACCAAUUGUAUGGAAAACCAACAAUAUUAACGUUUAUAAGAACUAAGAAAAUGGAGUGGUUUGGACAGAUUUGGAGAGCUGAAGAUGAUAUACUAAAAAAGGUCAUAACCGCAAUGAUACAGAAAAAACGACCACUGGGUAGACCGCGAACGAGAUGGAAGUAUGCUGUGAAGAGGGGCAUUCAAUUGGUGGAUGUGAAUGCGUCUAUUGAAUUAGCACUCAACAGAGAAAGGUGGAGAGACUUACUUGGGGCAGCUCAGGCCCUUGAAGGAGCGUUAAGCUGA